AUGCGCCGGAUGGUCAGCGCCGGAGGCGCCAUGAGCCACGAGGUUCAGGCCCUGGCAGGCGCCGCCGUGGACUCGCGCAGCUUCCUGGCCUUCAGCAGGGCGAGGUGCGCUGGCACUGACAUCGACCGAGAUGCGUCUGGCGCCGAUCGCCGCCAGACGCAUCUCGCGGUCGACAGGCGCACGAUCGCGGUCAACCCGACAGAGCCCGACUGGAAUGGCUGGGAGUAUUACCUCGGCAUCGAAAAGCGUGAGGGUGGCACCGGCAUGGCCCCCUCCCUGCGCCAGCACGUGGCCAGCGAGAUGGGCAAGCAGGCCGCCAUCGAUCGUCGCCUCAAGCAAGGCACGCCUUGCGAUGACGAGGUGGCACGGACACUCGGUGGGGGCGGGUGGGACGGGGACAAGCACCGCGUGCACGUGGCCUUGACGUACGUGGCGGACCACGUGCGUCUGCCGCGCCUGUCUGUGGCGGCGCAGGGGAUUCCUGGCGCGCUGGCCUUCCGCACCGUGGAAAAGUGUCUCGAGGGGUUCGCUCGCGAGGGCGCGCACGCGCGCGUGCGGGGCGGCUUUGCCGCGGCCCGCGUGAUGGCGGCAGGGUACCCGCCGGGUGCAGCCCCAGCGGAGCAGGCCGCAGGGACGCCGUUGGCGUUUGCCCCCCUGGAGCCGGCCCCGGACGUGGGCUUCUGGCGGGAGCUAACCAGGCGAAAAUUGGACGUGUUGCGCCUGGACGACUCGCCAAUCCCAGUCUGUGGGGCGUACGAGGCCUUCGGCGAGCGCCCCAAGUGCCUCCUGCUAGAGGACUCCUUCAGCUCGGCGCCCGCGUUCGAGGGGAAGGCUCUGGUGCGGGGCGACCUGAAGAACUUCAACACGCAGGAGGACUUCCGCGCCUUCCUGAGUGGCGGCGCGCGCGGGGAGCGGAUCGUGGAGGCCACGCGCGCCUUGCAGGAGGCGAUCGUCAGCGGGGCUGGGCUUGUGCAGCCGCACCUGCUACGGCCCAUGCUCAUAGUGGCCUUCGCCGACCUGAAGAAGUACCACUACGCGUACACAGUUUCGCUCCCAGUGCUGGCCCUGCCGUCGAAGCCCUGGCUGGCAUACAGGGGACCACAGGGCGCUGAGGAGUUCGGGCUCGGGCGCGAGGUGUUGCAGUCGCUGUCCUCGCGCCUUGCGCGCGAUGCGGCCCUCGCCGCCGCCGGCGUGUUCCUGCUGGUUCGGUCAUCAACUGGCGAGCCCUGGGACGUCAAGCCUUUGGGCGAGCUCACCCAGCUCUCGUCUGUAUCUGACGAGGACCUCGUGGUGGGCUUCGUCGACCCGUCCUCGGGGAACUGUGGGUGGCCGCUGCGGAAUCUGCUGCUGGCCCUCGCGCACCACAGGCCUGGAAAUCAUCCAAUCCUAUCGUUCAGAGAUCCGCACCUGGCAUCGAAUGGCGCCGGGCCCAUCCGCUCCCGGGUCGUCUUUGCGCACGCGGACCCGGAGGCCGCGCGGUUGCUGCUGGACGGCCCGCCGCCAGCAGGGGCUGCGGCGGCUGGCUGGUCCAAGAUCCAGACCAUGGAUCUGACGGUGUUCCUUGAUAAGAGGAAGAUCGCCGCGGACGCGGUGGAUCUGAACGUCAAGCUCAUGAAGUGGCGCAUGUUGCCAGAGCUGGAGCCAGAGAAGAUGAGGUCUCUCAGCGUGCUGCUCCUCGGCUCUGGGACACUGGGCUGCAGCGUCGCCCGGACGCUCAUGGCCUGGGGCGUGCGGAAGAUGACAUUCCUGGACAACGGCAGGGUCUCGCUCUCGAACCCGGUGCGCCAGAGCCUCUUUACCCACGCGGACGCAGCUGCCAGCCGGCCGAAGGCCCAAGCCGCGGCCGAAGCGGUCCUGGCGGUGAUGCCCGACGCGGAGGUGGACCACGUGGAGCUGGAGAUUCCAAUGCCCGGCCACCCGCACCAGUCCGCGGAGGCCCUGGAGAAGUCGGUGGAGCGGCUGAAGGGCCUCGUCGACUCGCACGACGUCGUGUGCAUGCUCACGGACUCCCGCGAGUCGCGGUGGCUCCCGUCGCUGCUCGUGGCGGCCAGCCAGCAGCGGGCGCUGUUGCAGCCAGAGGACGGAGAGCAUCGGGGGCCCCCUCAACAAGCAUGCGGGCAAGUCUUUGGCGUUGCUGAAGCAGGGGAUCGGCCCCUCCAUCAAGCGCCGAUGUGGCAAGAGUUCCCUGUCCCCAAGCUCCUCUCCGUUCCGCCGCCGCCGCCGAACGCUCAAUGGCGUCCGCCGCGUGGGGCGGUCGAGGAGUUGGCGGGCCGCCCGCCACCGCUUGGCCUCACAGUGGCGCUGGGCUUCGACUCAUUCCUUGUCUCCCGGCAGACCUACAUGGAUGCGCCCGCCGCCUGCUACUUCUGCAACGACGUCACCGCGCCCGCGGA